GAUGCACAACAUCCUGGACGGACCACGCAAAGGGCGCACGCGCGCCAAUCCUCUCUCACCACCACCCCCUGCUCAGAGUAGAGGCAUCGGCCAGGGGAUGGGGGAAAAGGUAGCGGAGGUAGCCUCCAGUCUCGCGAUAUUUCCUUCCUAGAAGGCGAAGAGCACUUAGGUGUUUGUCGUUAUCAGGUUGUGUUCCUUUUUUCCUCAUUCCCUUUUUUUCUCGGCCUUUGGCGCAGACUCUGGAAAACAGGGCCAACGCAUCAUGACGUCGGCAUUGGAGAACUACAUCAACCGUACAGUUGCUGUAAUUACAUCUGAUGGCAGAAUGAUUGUGGGAACACUAAAAGGUUUUGAUCAGACCAUUAAUUUGAUUUUGGAUGAAAGCCAUGAACGGGUAUUCAGCUCUUCUCAGGGAGUAGAGCAAGUGGUGUUAGGAUUAUACAUUGUCAGAGGUGAUAAUGUUGCAGUUAUUGGAGAGAUUGAUGAAGAGACAGACUCUGCACUUGAUUUGGGUAAUAUUCGAGCAGAACCUCUGAACUCAGUAGCACACUGAUAUAUUAGAAACUUUGGACUUUGUAAAUCUUUUGACUGUAUAGAUUUCCUUAUUCUGAGGAUAAUGUGCAGGAUUUUUACAUAUUGUGAUAACUAAUUACAUUUUUACUCAUUUUGUGAGUGUUGUCAUUUGAUAUGUAAAUUAAAACAUUUCUACAUUUUACAUUUUAUUGUAAGAUUUUGUUUUCUAUAUUAAAUUGUAUAAACAUCUAGCAGCGACUAAUAUGCAUAAUUUGAAUAAUUUUAUAAACAAAUGAUACCUUUGACAUUUUAAAAUGAAGUUGUAAACAGAAAUUUAUGUACCAUUUAAAUCAGUGUUAAUGUUAAUACUGGGCAAUGACAAAUUGGCUCAUAAUUGAGGAAACAAAUCUAUCUGGAACGUCUCAAAUGAAAUUUCUUAGUACUGUUGGCAUUAGUUUAUUUCUAUGAUUGCUAUUUUUUGAUAGUUCUAACAGUUUCCUCUAAGAGUUAUGAGUCAAUCUGGCUUUAAAUGAAAGGGAAAAUGAUGAUGGAAGAGAGAAUAUUCUCAUAGAACAGAGAGUAGUAGAGACAAAGUACAAGAAUUGGUAAACUGAAUGUGAAUAACUUGCUUGAAGUAUAUUUUUAAUGUGACCGUACCAUGUUAAAUUAUCUUGAUAUGAAUAAUAUCCAUCCAACUUGGCAAAUAUCACUUUAUAAAUGUUAGUAAUUGAAAAUUUGUUUCUAUUUAGCCAAAGCUUACUAUCAUUAUAUAACUUGUAAACAAUUUUCUCUGAUAUAUUAGAAUGUCAAAGGAUUAUUUAAAAAAUGGUUAAUUUUCUGUAUAAGCACAUUAUUUCUAUUAAGCAAUCUAUGUGAAAAUUAAUCAUUUGAAAUACAAAAAAUCUCCAACUUAUAAAUUGGAUUAUCAUAUGAAAGUUCUUUUAGUAAUGUAAAAAGUUAGUGUUUUAAAGUUUUAAAUACCUUUUGUCAUAGUAAUUAUGGAUAUAAAAAGUGAUUGUAUUUCUAAGUUAGUUUAUAAAUGCCCAUAAUAUAGUUGAUAUUUUUCAGUGGAAAAAUAGAAAAGAGUAUUACAUUGUAUCUUAAAGAAAAAGUCUUUGAGGAUGAGUAUAAAGGAUUUUUUGAACAUUUUUUUUUUAUAAAAACCCUUGCCUUCCAUCUUAGAAUCAAUACUGUGUAUUGGUUCCAAGGCAGAAGAGUGGUAAGGGCUAGGCAAUGGGAGUCAAGUGAUUUGCCCAGGGUCACACAGCUGGGAAGUGUCUGAGGUCAGAUUUGAACCUAGGACCUCCCAUCUCUAGGCCUGGCUCUCAAUCCACUGAGCUACCCAGCUGCCCCCUUGAACAUUUUUAAGAGCUUUAGAGGAUGGUAACAAUGAUUGUAUAAUUUUGCUUUUCCUAACCUUUGGUACAAGUUGUCUUUGUACAUUGACUCCCCAAGAACCUGUAAUUUUUUCAGAGUACAAACUAAUAUCCAGUUGCUAGAACUUAACCUAUUAAUGUGUCACAGCUAACUAGGUUAAGCUGAGCCCAUAAUAAGUUUUCUAUCUUGGUAAGAAUUGUUGAAGCUUAUACUUUGCUACCAGAGGGUCUGAGGAACUAGGCCAAUCUCCAUACCAAAAUAAGUCUUUGGAGCAAGACUUUUGUUACUUUAGAUCACAAGUGGAACAAAGAGCAGAGAUAUUUUUGCAGAUGUAAGCAGGAAACUAGAAGGAAAUAUACGUAUUUCAAAAAAGAUAGUUUUCAGUAUCAUGAACUGUUCUGUGAGCCCCAAAAGAGAAUUGUGAGAAAUUUUCAUUAUUAAUCUUUAAGAAGGAGAUGGUAGAGGUUAGGGGUUCUCAGACUCACAUAAGGUCAGAUAGUGAACCAGGUGCUUGAGAUAAGAAACUGCCCAUAAUCUGGACAAAUUGGUCACCAUAAUCUGUAAGAUCAUAUGCUAGGUGUUAGUUCAUGGUUGGGGGCAAGGGUAAUGCAUUGUAAUACAAUGAUAUACCUUGUAUCUUGGGAACUGCCCCAUAGGUAACUGAAAACUUAGACUGGACCAAUCAACAAAAAGUUAAUGGGAAGUUUGGCUUUAGUAAAUUUCAUGAGACUGGUCAAAUGUUAUAUUAAUUAGGUGGACAGUGAGGUAGGCUAUCAAAGAUUAUUAAAUAAGUAGAAAAAUGCAAAUAUUUAGAGUUGUUAGCUGUUAAACAGAACUACACAACUAAAGCAACUUCAUUUAUCCAAGAAGCAGGGAACCUGCUCAAGGUAAGGUUUUAAGGAAGCUAAUUGAAAUUUUUGUUGCUGAAAUGGCUUUCUAUGGGGCAGCUUAGUGAAUUCAAAUCUGUCUUCAGACUCUAGUUGUGUGACCCUGGGCAAGCUACUUAUCACUGUUUGCCUUGUUUUUCUCAUCUAUAAAAUGAGAUGGAGAAGGAAACAGCAAACUGCUCUCUUAUCUUUAUCAAGAAAAUCACAAAAUGAGAUCAUAUUCUGACAUGACUGAAAUGACUAAAAAACAAUAAAGGUCCUGAGACCAAAAAUUUUCUGGA